CCCCGUGAGGGGGGAGGGGCUUUUUCUCCGAAAAGAGACUGACAAACAAGCCAACAGGAAUCCUCCAGCAGCCGGGGCGGCUAUCGGGUGUCGCAGGCGGCCGGGCGCUAUAAAUGCGGGCCGUCGAGACCGAGCCCGGGCAGAUCAAAACAAACCUCUCGACGAGAACAGCACUAGUAGCACCCAGCAGCAACGGUACCGGCUUCUCAGCGCAACGAACGCAAAGAGCCUUCUCAGUGCUUCCUUCCUUUUCCCAUCAAGCUUUCAGGGAUACAGUUCCGAUUCGCACUUGGAGCCCAGAAUGGAUAUCCGCACCGGCCACAUGAGGAGGUCCUCCAGCCCCAUGGAGAGCCUGGAGAAGCAGCUGAGCUGCCCCAUCUGCCUGGACAUGUUCACCAAGCCGGUGGUCAUCCUCCCCUGCCAGCACAACCUCUGCCGGGGCUGCGCCAGCGACCUCUACGACUCCCGCAACCCCUACCACUUCUCCGGGGGCAUCUUCCGGUGCCCCACCUGCCGCUUCGAGGUGGUGCUGGACCGGCACGGGGUCCACGGGCUCCAGAGGAACCUGCUGGUGGAGAACAUCAUAGAUAUCUACAAGCAGCAGCAGGAGGGCGGCGGGGGAUCCACCGAGGCCCCGCUCAAGCCCAAGGACAGCAACGAGCCCAUGUGCCAGGAGCACGAGGAGGAGAAGAUCAACAUCUACUGCAUCACCUGCCAGGUUCCCACCUGCUCCCUCUGCAAGGUGUUCGGCUCCCACAAGGACUGCGAGGUGCAGCCGCUGCAGAACGUCUACCAGAACCACAAGGUGGAGCUCAGCAACUCCAUCGAGAUGCUGAUGGCCGGCAACAGCUGCCUGCAGGCCCUGCUGACGCAGAUGGAGGACAGCUGCAAGACAGUGCAGGAGAACAGCCAGCGGCAGAAGCAGGUCCUGGGCGAGAAGUUCGACCUGCUCUACGCCAUCCUGGAGGAGCGCAAGGGCCAGCUCCUGGAGAAGAUCGGCCAGGAGCAGGACGAGAAGGUGCGCUUCCUGCGCUCCCUGGUGCAGCAGCACACCGAGCAGCUGCAGGGCAGCACCAAGCUGAUGGACGAGGCUGUGCAGACCAUGGAGAAGAGCGGCGUGGCCGAGUUCCUCCUGACUGCCAAGCAGCUCAUCAGCCAGACCAAGGAUGCGGCGAAGAACUCCCUCCUGCAGAGGCCCGAGCCCGGGUUCGAGAAGAUGGACCACUUCACGUUGGAGACGGAGGACAUCGAAGCAAUCCUGGGCAAAAUGGACUUUGGGGCCGACUCAGAUUACGAAGAUGCAGACGACGAGGCAGAGGAAGAGGAAGAAUAGAUGAGCCUACGGUUUUAAACUUGUGAACUUUUAGUUUCUUGAAAGAGAAGGACAUUUGAUUGAAGCUUGUGGGGAGAUCUGUGGAGGAGAAAUCACAUUAGGAGUUGACAAAUGUUCUGUGGAGAUGUAUAGUUUUCUUAAAUCCAGCGAUAGUUCAUGGUGCUGUGAUGUCCUAGUUUAUCUCCACCAUAAGUGCAAUGUUUUCUUUUUUUACACAUACAAAAUGUACCAUUUUGUAUAUACUUUUGUAUUUUAUACUUUUGUAUUGUAAUGUCAGUUUUAUACUGAAUUAUUUAUUGAUGUCCUGUAGAUUCAUGUUUACACUUAAUAAUAUCUGCCUAGUUAAAAGUCUGAAUUAGAGUUCAAUGGCAUUGGUAUUGUUAGUUUUUCAGCAAGCCUAGAUAGAAUGUCUUCCAUGUCGAAUUGUUAAAUACUUGAAAAAGGUAUGGAAUGCACUUGACUGAUGGUCAUAACGUUUAAAAUAAAGUUGAAGUAAAGCAAACAAUGCGGCAUUCUUCUUGUUUACCAU